AUGACGCGUGUGGGACCUAGAAGUGAUUCAUCGCCACCACCACCACCAUAUACCAUUACAAAAUCUAACGAUUAUGACGAACAGCUAAUAGAUGAAGGAUCAUUAAAUGAACCAUUGGAUGGCACAGCGUCAUCAGAUCAAUUGUCAUGGCUAUCUAUAAUAGCUUAUGCUUCGGUUGGUUUACCUUAUUCAAUGCAAUUAUCAAUCAUAGCUUUUUAUAUAAAUGAAUUUCUAUUGGAUGUUGCUAAGGUAUCACCAGGAUAUAAUGCAAUUAUUUUAUUUACUAGUCGACUUAUUGAUGCCUUAACUGAUCCUAUUGGAGGCUAUCUUUUUAGCCGAUGUUCAUUUCGAUGGGGGAAAAUGAGACCUUGGAUACUUUUUUCAGCACCUUGUGUUGCGCUUUCCUAUUUCGGUGUUUGGUGUCUUCCAAAUAUUUCUGGCGGUGGUAAAUUGGCUUAUUAUCUUCUAGUUCAUUCUUUACUAUGGACAUUCAUGACUGCAUCACGUAUUCCACAUACAGCUCUCACUGUUUAUUUAACAUUAAAUCAGCAUGAGCGAGAUCAAUUAACAAAAUACCGUACUUUAUUCGAGGCUGCUGGUCUUUUACUUUCGAUUGUUUUUCAGUCGGGAAUCGCAGCUAUAUUUGGUGUAUCAAAAGUACUACCACUUUGUGACGACAAUUCAACUAAUACUUCCGAAUGGUAUAACAGUAGUAUAGUAGAAAAUUCGACGAUGAAAGUCAAUUCGUCGUUACCUAAUGUGGCAGGUGCUUAUAUGACUUCGGCUGGCAUUGUGUCUUUAUUGUGUAUUCUAUCAUCAGUGUUUCUUUUUUUUUCUGUUACUGAAGUCGUCGAUGUCAUUCCAACGAAUCAAACAAGCUAUACAAAAGGUUUUAAAAUGAUAAUACGUUACAAACCAUUUUUAAUCUUAACAGCAGCAACAGUCGCAUCUAUUCUUGCAACUCAAUCAAUUCAGAGUGUCCUUGAACUUUAUUUAAAUAAUGUCAAGAAAAAUCGUACAAUAUUUCCAUUUUUGGCUGGAACAUUAAUUGUAUCAACGAUGAUUCUUUUAUUUGUAUGGUCGAUAAUAAUGCGUAAAAUUGGAAAGAAAAAAAGUUUUGUUAUUGGAAAUUUGUGUUUAAUACCAACUGUAAUCAUCAUAUUAAUUAGCGAAUCUCCUAUGGCCCUUUUAUUUGUUGCAGCAAUCAUGGGUGCUAAUACAGUUGCUUGUGGUUAUAUCAUGCCAUGGGCCAUGCUACCAGAAUGUAUCGAUGCAUUUAUGCUUGAAACAGGUCGAAGACCGGUUGAAAUAUUUUAUACAUUCUUUUUCCUUGGUGCUAAACUUGUUCAAGCAUUAUAUGCAGGUGUUGUUCAAUUAGCACUUGGUGCAAGUGGUUAUGAUUCUACAAGAUGUGAACAACCAGAAGCAGUUCAAUUCGCAUUAAAAAUACUGAUGGGUGCUGUACCAGGUUGUGUACUAGUUUUAUCAACAAUAUGUUUAUAUUUUUAUUCAAUUGACGAUGAACGUGCUAAAGAAAUUCAAAUACAAUUAAAAACAUUAAGAGAUACGUCGUCGCCAGAGAAAGGCUUAGUCAACGAUUCAAAUAAAAUGGACAACGAAUCAGCUGACGUUUAUCUGUAA